UCCGAAAAUUGAAAAUUCCCGCUCCAUCCUUCCCGAAAUUUUCCCUCGUCCUCUCUCUCAGUAUAUAUUCCUGAUCGAUUCAAGCGCCGGCUUAACGUAACGGUCGUCUUGUUCCUUCACUCUGCCCUCUCUCUUGCCGUUCUCCACAGAUUGAAACCCGUAGCAUUGGCCAUCUAUUAUCUGAGCUUAGCGAGCUCUCGUCGGGGCUUGCGUUUCACCCGAGGUGGCAGCAGUGAUUCCAGAAAUUUGAUUGCUCAGGCGGAUCAGUGAGUCCCCAACUGCACCCAUGAGAAUACUGCAAUCAGUUGCCCACAUCCUUGGGCGAAAUAAGCUCUCAUCGGGCCCAUCAACAAACUUAUUUGGCCCGUUUAACUCGUGCUCCCAGAGAAGGUGGAGAAAGCCUAUAGUCACUGCCCAAACUCGUCUGGAGGACAGGACUAGAGACUCAAAGUUGGAUAAGCUGAUGUCCAACCUCAGUAUCCUCAAGACCAUCCUCAGUCUCGAGUUUCUCAUGUCCACUCGAAAGAGGGGCCCGUUCACUUCCGUGCAGUUGAUGUCCCGCUGGAGAAGCAUUGUUGGAUUGAAUGUCAAUAUUGGUACUUUUAUCCAUAAAUAUCCUCACAUUUUUGACGUAUUCACCCACCCCAUACAGAGAAAUCUGUGCUGCCGAAUCACACGUGAGAUGAAAGGUUUGAUUGAAGAAGAAGAGCGUGCUGUGAGGAUGCUGGAAUUGGAUUUAGUAAAGAAACUAAAGAAGUUGCUGAUGAUGUCGGUAAAUGGGCGGCUUCAUAUUCAUGCAUUGAGAUUGAUUAGGAGAGAAUUAGGUUUGCCUAAUGAUUUCAGGGAAUCAAUCCUGGUCAAGUACUCGGGAGAUUUCAGGCUAGUUAGCUUGGAGAUUGUUGAGUUGGUUGAUAAGGAUGAGGAUCUGGCCAUUGCUGAGAUUGAAAAAUGGAGAGAAAAGGAAUAUACAGAGAAAUGGUUGAGCGAGUUCGAAACUAGGUAUGCAUUUCCCAUUAAUUUCCCGACUGGAUUCAAAAUUGAGAAGGGCAUGAGGGAGAAGAUGAAAAAUUGGCAAAGGCUGCCCUAUGUGAAGCCGUAUGAGAAGAAAGGUGCCGUGCGUGUGCGUACUUGUGGGGGUUUAGAGCGGUUUGAGAAACGUGCUGUUGGGAUUAUUCAUGAGCUGUUGAGUUUGACCGUAGAGAAAAUGGUGGAGGUUGAGAGGUUAGCUCAUUUUAGGAAGGACUUUGCCAUGGAAGUUAAUAUCCGUGAAUUGCUUCUUAAGCACGUGGGGAUUUUCUACAUAUCUACCAAAGGAAGCUCUCAGACUGUCUUCCUUAGAGAAGCAUAUAGCAAAGGGUGCUUGAUCGAGCCGAAUCCAAUCUAUGUAGUUCGGAGGACAAUGUUGGAGCUCAUUUUGUUGGGACGCCGAAAUACCAAAAUUCUGUCAGCUUCGAAGGAAAUCCAGGAGAACAACGAUGCCUCUUCUAGUAGAUAUCAAGGGGAAGCAAGAGAUGGGGACUGGGUACUUCCUAUACUGGAGAGUUUUAAAGACCAGAGCUUUGAGAGAUGAUAAUUACAUAGAUGAUGACUUGAAACACCCAGAGAG